UUUCUUUCAUUCAAAUAGAUACUGCAAUUGACCUCAUUAAAAAAAAUGCUUCGUUGCGUCGUGAUUUGUGCCGUACUGUUCUGCUGCGUGCUCGUCAAAGCAGCGACAUUCAGUGGAUCAUAUAUAAAGUACGCUGCGCCUCGUUUCGCAAUUCAGCCGCAGUAUGUCUCUACUGGUCCCGCUGUUCCAGGAGGCCCUUUGGUCAGAAUUCCAGGAACUUUCGGCGGUCGGAAAGAUUAUGCUCCGGCGCAUUACGUAUCUCAAUUCGCCAAGGUGUUCGAUAGAAUGCGGCGGUCUGGGCGAUCCACUCAAGAAUCUUUCGUAGCUGCCAAAUCGGAUUUGCGAGCCAGAGGCUUGGCACCUUGGGUGUGGCAGGAUGGGAAAUUGCGAAGAGUAGAGAGUCCUGCCCUUUCUGCGAAUUCUGUCUCAGAAGUGCCGAGGGAGAAGGUCGUCAGUUAUCAAAGAACACCUGCAGCUUUGCAGCCUGCACCACCUGUCUUCGAGGAUUUCAGCUAUGUCCAGCAUUUAGGACAAGAUAAUAAAGAUGUCGCGUUAGUCUUCAGUGAAUAUUCCAAGUUCAUCGAUGAAAAUCUGAGGAUUGGACAUGAUGAGGCCUUCCUGGUGACUCUUCAAGAUGGAGAGACUAGUUCUUGUGCUGAAGUGGGAGGCAGGAUGGCUUGUGAGGACAUUUGUGAAGUCAGAAGACCAGCUCUCCAUAAGUUUCAAGUGGACUUUGUUGGUGACUCCCUGGACUUGGACUGCAUCAGGUAUAAGGGUCUGAAGGAAGUCAGGUUGUUCAACAGGACUUUCUGUUCAGGGAAAGCUCUUGGCAUGGAAGAAAUUAGGGAAUCAGAGGCAGAAAAUCAAAUGGAAGAGGCGCCUCAAUCAGUUCUGAAUCCUCUGUUUGAGGAAUUGGAGAUGACUGAGGCUCCUUCUCUUGCCACAGUGAGGCCUUUGAUGUCCUCUUUCAGUCCGAUCCGAAGCCCUGUCCGGGGAAGAGUUGCUCGCCAGGUGGACUUGGCCUCUCCUUUGUGCUUGGGUGUUGGCGAAGAUUCGUUCUAG